GUGACGUUUAUCGCGGAAGUAAACAUAAAGAGGGGCAGAAAGGAUUUAAACUGCGUCACAAAGUUUCAGAGUCACUAAAGUUCUUGUUUCCAGUGUGUUCGGCUGUGAGUCUUCAGGUUGACACGAUGGCUGUGACAGUGAAAGCUUACCUGUUAGGUAAAGACGAGGCGGUGAAAGAAGUCCGCAGGUUCACCGUGGAUCAAGGUGUAUCCUCAAGCUUCGACUACCUGAGCAGCAAGACGGCUGAUGUGUUUACCUGCCUGAAAAACAACGGGUUCAACAUGUACUACAGAGAUGAAGAUGGAGACCUGGUGGCGUUUUCCUCUGAUGAUGAACUGAUGAUGGGUCUGGCCUGUAUGAAGGAUGCCACCUUCCGCCUCUUCAUCAAAGAGAAAAAGGAGCACCGGAGGGACUUUCCUCUACAUGCCUUUCCUCCUUUCGCCUUUGGCCAUCCUCCUCCUCCUCCUCCUGGAGCUCAUCAGGCCCCACCCCCUCAUAUGGCCCCGCCUCCAGCCAUGCACCCUCACGUCACCUGUGACGGCUGUGAAGGUCCCGUGGUCGGAACUCGCUUCAAGUGUUCCGUCUGUCCAAACUACGACCUAUGCUCCGCCUGCCAGGCUCGUGGGACCCACACUGAGCACGCUCUGCUGCCGAUCUGGCACCCCAUGCAGCAGUGGUUUCCUCGCGGUCGUUGGAUGAAGAAGCUGAGACACUGCAUGUGGAACCAAAACCUGAACGUGAACCCUCCCCAGAACCAGGACCAGAACCAGGACCAGGACCAGUCCUCCAGCCCACCAGGAUCCUCCAGACCUGCUGCUGAGGGCAACGCAGCCUCUGCAUCUCAGGCAAGCGUGGACUUUCUGAAGAACAUCGGUGAGGGUGUGGCUGCGAUGUUGAGCCCCUUGGGUAUCGAUGUGGAUAUCGACGUGGAGCACGAAGGCCAGAGGACCAAAGUAACUUCACCCCUCCAGACCGGAGAGGCAGAGAAAGACGCAGAGAAAGACGCCGAGAAAGACGUCGAGAUGAGCGAUGACCGCAGUGAGGGCGGGGCCAGCAGUGAGGGCGGGGCCAGCUGUGAGGUUGGGACCAGUCAGGAAGGAGUUAGCACUGGGCCUGCAGCCAGUGAUGGUUCAAAGGUGAUCAAAGACUCUGAUGAGGAGUGGACUCACCUGAGUUCCCGGGAGGUCGAUCCGUCUACCGGAGAGCUCCAGUCCCUGCAGAACCAGGAACAGAACAAGGACCCUGGGACACCGUCAGGUCCAACAGGUCUGAGGGAGGCGGCUCUGUACCCUCACCUGCCUGAAGAAGCGGACCCCCGUCUGGUUGAGUCUCUUGCUCUCAUGCUGUCGAUGGGUUUCACCGACGAAGGCGGCUGGCUGACACGUCUCCUUCAGGCCAAAAACUUCGACAUCGGCGCUGCACUCGACGCAAUCCAGUACGCCAAACAACCCCGCCCACAGCAGCCUUGAUGUCAUCAUGAUGUCACUACUGACAUUAUUACUCAACCUUGAUUUCUUUCUCUGUCAGUCAGAUAUUUAUUUAAUCUGACUUCAUAAUCAAUCAUUUAUCACUGUUGUUAAUCAGUUCUCUAUAACUAAUCAUUAUGUUUCCUUGAUUACUGUUUCUACUUCUUCUUUUUGUCAAAGUGUUUGUUCUGCUGAACCAUAAAAACAUCAACAAACUGAAAUGUGAUCUCUUCAAUAUAUCUGUUCAUGUAAAAACAGAACAAUAAACAGCUCAAUAAU